AUGUAUCUAUCUAUGUAUCUGUGUCAUUCUCUCCCUCUUUCACGCUCUCAAACAACCCUUUCUCGUCAUCUCUCUCGGUCUGUCUGUCUCUCUCUUUCUCUCUCUCUCUCUCUCUCUCUCUCUCUCUAUAUAUAUAUAUAUUUCAAUCUUAUCAAUCUAGUCUAUCUUAUCUAUCUAUCUAUCUAUCUAUCUAUCUAUCUAUUCUAUUCUAUUCGAUUCGAUUUGAUUCGAUUUAAUCUACCGAUGUGUCUAAUUAAAAACUCUGUGUAUAUAUGGUUUUAUAAUCAUGCAUAUACUUGCAUAAUUCUCAAUCUAUUUCAAUAUGCUCAUUUUCUAUCUAUCUAUCUAUCUAUCUAUCUAUCUAUCUAUCUAUCUAUCCUUGUCCUUCUAUCUCUCUUUCCCUCUCCUUCUGUUCAUUAUUUCUCUAUCUAUUUCAGUGGAUUCAUUAUCUAUCUAUCUAUCUAUCUAUCUAUCUAUCUAUCUAUCUAUCUAUUCUCUCUUUAUCUAUCUGUCUAUCUAUCUAUCUAUCUAUUCUGCCUUUAUUUAUCUAUCUAUCUAUCUAUCAAUCUAUCUAUCUAUCUAUCUAUCUAUCUAUCUGGUUCUAUCUAUCGCUGUCCUUCUUUCUCUCGUCCUCUCUCUCUCUCUCUCUCUCUCUGGAUUUCAUAUUUAUCUAUCUAUCUUUCAAUUUAUCUAUCUAAUUAA